CACACGGAGAAAAACCCUUUUCGUCAUUAAAAAAUAGUAGCUGUAAUAUCUCUCUCUCAAAUCCCUCUCGCUUUCGCCUGUGCCUUUCGGGAAUGGAAGAUAAAACGACCAUGACGACAAUGCCAUAUCAAAUAUGGAUCUAUACUCUAUGUAACUUCCAAAAAUUCUCAUUAUUGCAUCGUUAUCUGAUACACUCUCCCCUUGACGAUUAUCUUCCCGUGACGAUUAUGCUCCGUCAUGGUCAAGAAAACAAAGCUCAAUAGCUUGACCUAACUGACAAUUCACCCUUCUCUGUCAUCUCGCGAAGCAGUGAAACUUCUUUCGGAAAAACUACAAGCAGGGCACCAGAAUGUUGGGGCAGAGAGCUUGGGGAUUUAUUGUGGCCGUCUCCUGUGGCUUUUUGAUUGUAGCAACUGCACAAAUUACGGACCCUGUUGAAGUCAAGGCACUGCUAACUGUCAAGAGCACGUUAAUUGACUCAAUGAGGCAUCUCAGGAAUUGGAACAGGGGGGAUCCAUGCAAGUCCAACUGGACUGGAGUUAUAUGUUUUGAUACAGUUGGAGCUGAUGGAUACUUGCAUACUAAAGAGCUUCAGUUGCUGAAUAUGAAUCUCUCUGGUAAUUUAGCACCUGAGCUUGGCCAACUAUCUCAGCUUCAAAUUUUAGAUUUCAUGUGGAACGAAUUGACUGGCAGUAUACCCAAGGAGGUUGGGAAUAUUUCGUCAUUAAGGCUUCUGCUCUUGAAUGGAAACAAGUUAUCGGGUUCUUUACCUGACGAGCUCGGUUAUCUUGCGAGUUUGAAUAGACUUCAAGUUGACUCGAAUAAUAUUUCAGGUCCAGUGCCAAAAUCAUUUGCUAACUUGAUCAGUGUGAGGCACCUACACUUGAAUAACAACUCGAUUAGCGGUCAAAUUCCAGCUGAAAUUUCCAAAUUACCAAGUCUUCUUCACUUGCUUUUGGAUAACAAUAACCUUUCAGGGAAUCUUCCACCUGAAUUCUCGAACUUGCCAGGACUGCGCAUACUUCAGCUUGAUAACAACAAUUUUAAAGGGUCUGAAAUCCCAGCUACUUAUGGAAACUUCUCCACAUUGGUAAAGUUAAGUCUAAGAAAUUGCAGCUUGCAGGGAGCUGUUCCUGAUCUUAGUGUGAUUCCAAACUUAAUCUAUGUGGAUCUUAGCUGGAAUCAACUUACUGGGCCCAUACCAUCGAAUAAGCUUGCAGAUAAUAUGACAACUAUCUAUCUGUCAAAUAACCAUCUUAAUGGAUCCAUUCCUGAAAGUUUCUCCAAUCUUCCUUUUCUUCAGAGGCUGUCCCUUGAAAAUAAUUUUUUGACGGGCUCAGUUCCUGCUAACAUCUGGCAUAACAUUUCGUUCACCAAGAGUGCUAGGCUUAUUCUUGAUCUUAGGAACAAUUUGCUCUUGAACAUUUUAGGAGAGUUGAAUCCUCCAAAGAAUGUCACUUUAAGGCUUGAAGGCAAUCCUGUCUGCAGAAAUGCAAAUAUAUUGAAUAUAGGCCAGUUCUGUGCAUCUGAAAGCAAAGGGGAUGAGGGCAAUGAAAGUUCAACAAAUUCAAUGGUGAUAUGUCCUAUCCAAGCAUGCCCGACAGAUGAUUUUUUUGAAUAUGUCCCAGCAUCUCCAGUGCCUUGCUAUUGUGCAGCUCCUCUUAGAAUUGGAUACCGACUGAAGAGCCCUAGUUUCUCUUAUUUUCCUCCAUAUAUUCCUUCAUUUGAGAUGUACCUAACCAACUCUCUGAACUUGGAACUUUAUCAACUAUCAAUUGAUUCAUUUUUGUGGGAAGCAGGCCCUCGUUUGAGGAUGUACUUGAAGAUUUUUCCUGUUUUUAAUCGUACUCGCUCAGGUAUAUUCAAUUUAACUGAGAUUCAGCGAAUCAGAGGCAGAUAUACAUCAUGGGAUUUCCCUAGAACUGACUUCUUCGGGCCAUAUGAACUUCUCAAUAUUACUCUGCUGGGACCUUAUUCAAACAUAUACUUAAAAACUCAAAGGAAAAGUAUCAGUAAAGGCAUUUGGGCAGCCAUCAUAGUAGGAGCUGUAGCCAGUGUUGCAGUAUCUGUGAUAGUUACCCUUCUGGUGACAAGAAGACAUGCUAGAUACCAGCAUGUACUGUCAAGGAAACACUUAUCCUCGAAGAUUUCCAUUAAGAUUGAAGGUGUGAAAGGCUUCGCAUAUAAGGAAAUGGUCGUGGCUACAAACAAUUUUAACAGCUCAAGUCAAAUAGGCCGAGGAGGUUAUGGAAUAGUUUACAGAGGCAAUUUGUCUGACAAAACAGUUGUCGCCAUCAAGCGAGCGGAAGAAGGAUCCUUACAAGGCCAAAAGGAAUUUCUGACAGAGAUAAAACUGUUGUCAAGGUUGCAUCACCGAAAUUUAGUUUCAUUGGUUGGUUACUGCGAUGAAGUAGGGGAGCAGAUGUUGGUAUAUGAGUUCAUGCCGAAUGGAACCUUGCGGGAUUGGCUUUCGGCUAAAGCAAAGCAAAAUCUGAACUUUGGCACAAGGUUGCGAAUUGCAUUGGGUUCAGCCAAGGGCAUCCUUUACCUCCAUACCGAAGCAAACCCUCCUGUAUUUCACCGUGAUAUAAAAGCCAGCAACAUACUUUUGGACUCCAACCUUAAUGCUAAAGUUGCUGAUUUUGGCUUGUCACGUCUUGCUCCAGUUCCAGAUGCUGAAGGGACUUUGCCUAAUCAUGUGUCCACUGUUGUGAAGGGAACACCGGGAUACCUUGACCCAGAAUACUUCUUGACGCAUAAGUUGACAGACAAAAGUGACGUCUAUAGCCUUGGGGUUGUGUUUCUGGAGCUCUUGACGGGUAUGCGACCAAUAUCACAUGGCAAAAACAUUGUCCGAGAGGUGAAUAUGGGACACGAGUCGGGCACAAUGUUCUCCAUCAUAGACAGCAAAAUGGGGUCUUACCCAUCUGAAUGUGUAGAGAGGUUUGUAAGUUUGGCGCUUGCAUGUUGCCUUGACAAGCCAGAAAAGCGACCAUCCAUGUUGGAUGUGGUGAGGGAGCUUGAAAACAUACUCAAAAUUAUGCCAGAAAUCGACGUCAUCUUCUCGGAAUCCAGUUCCACACAUUCUGGUAAGUCACCAUCAUCUUCAUCUUAUGUGACCAGGGAUCUAUACAUGUCUUCUGAUAUUUUGGGGAGCGAUCUUAUUAGUGGUGUUACUCCGACCAUUAUACCUCGAUAGACACUCCAGAAUAUGAUAUUUUUUACUCAUGUAUAGUAUAGCCGUAGUUUGUGAUGUAAAUUUUGUCAUAAACUAAUAUUAUGUUUUGAAAUUUAUGUGCCAAAAUGAUUACUUUCUUUGUAUAGGAUACCAAAAUUACUUACUUUCAUAUAACUUUUGGAUGUUCGAUUAAAGGACAUUGAGUGAUGUAUCUCCAUGUAAGACCUUAGGUGUCGUUUGGUUCGCGAAAUCCAACCUGAUUAAGAAUAA